GGCGCUGUUGGCGGCUUGCAAUUUGGAUAAUAUGUCUGCCGUUCUUUGCGCACUAGUUUCGUUUGACUCCGAUGUAAAUAGGAAUUGAACGAACGUGAUACAUUUACGCGACGACGGUGCGUCCGUAUUAUUUCAAUUCGCAAGGUGUAUUGAUGUCGUUAUCGUCAGCUAAUAUCAUGUGCAUCAAUUUAGAUUACGAGUCACGGUAACUAAAAUUUUGAUAUAUGUCAAAGCUCAAGCAAUGGCAGAGGAAGAAAGAGUACCAUCUUUUUCAGAGAAAGAUGGCACGGAUACUUCUUCCCAAUCAAAAGAUACUUACAUUCCGGAGGAGCCGACUCCGGACAUCUCAGUUUCCCUAUUAGACAUACAAAUGCCAGAAACGCCAGAUAGCACUAAGGGUCAGAUAAGCGAUGGCGACACAUCGAGAUUAGAGAGUCCAAAGACAGUGAAGCCAGUGCUUGGAAAGGUCCAAGCCAAAAAACGGUUGAUGGCAUUCGCCAAAUUCAAAGCAUUACCUAAAUCCCAGGUUAAGCCAAACCUGUCUCAGCAUUCCAGUGGAGCUUUAAAGACAAAGGAUAAAACUAUUCAGGAUGAUACAAGUGUAAACAAAUCAAGAAAAAAGACAGAAGAGAAAAUUCUGGCUAUUGAGGAAAUUCGAAGGGAGGAAUCUAAAAGUAAGAUGUUACUUGCGGAAGCUAUGGCAGCAGCAAGUAUGGAAGACGAGAGUCAUACUGGCAAGAACACAUCUAGUUUAUUCGAAAAUACAAGACGUGCGAAAGAAAAGAAUAAACGUGAGGGGCUGAACGACGAUCGUAAAAAUAGGUCAAGUGAUCGAAAAUAUUCGGAAAGGCAUCGACAUCGCGAUAAAAUUGAAAAAGACAGUUCGAAUCAAGAUGUUAAAGAUCGAAAUGGAAGCACAGAGCGUUCUACGCAGAAAUCAUCUCAGGAUAGAGAAAAGCAUAAGAAAGAUAAGAAAAAGAAAAAUCAUAAAGAUAAGCGAGAAAAUAAGAUAGAUGUAAGCCGCGACAAGAAAGAAGAAGGGAAGGAUAAAAAGGAAAACGGAAAAGAAAAACAAGAUGAGACGAGAGAAAAAACUGAAACAACAAAGACUAAGAAGGAAAAUACAAAAGAGAAACGAAAUGAUACGCCGGAAACUGAAGCCGAAGGCAAAGAUAAAAGAGACAAAGAUAAAAGGGACAAAUGGAAAGAAAAGGUGUUAUUGAAGAGCAACUCAUGGGCGGAAGUGCGAAAGUUUGGUUUAACUCUCGAUGAUGUCAUUUAUCUUAGAAGACGUGUUAUUUCGAAAAAAUCUGUAAAAAUCAAACCAAUGCAGCAAGAUUAUACGCGCUAUCUCGAACAGAUGUUAAUGUUAAGUAAUCAUCGUCUGAAACGUCAAGCACUAAUAGCUGAGGGACUUCACGGAUCCAAAAAGUAUCCACCCGAGUCGAUCAGAUUAACGAAGCGAACAAAGGGACUUCAGUUGUCAUAUUGCGAAAAUCCACGCGUUUCUCUUCUGUUAGGCAUUUCGCAACUUUUAGAAGCCGUUACUCCUGAACGUCGCGAGAAGAUACGAGAUAUAUGCGAGGCAUCUCUACCACGGAUUGAUACGGAAGACACAGUGCAACAGAAGCGUAAUUGGUAUCAACAAAUAAAUGCAAUUGAACAUCAUAAAGAUACUACGUGGCAAGUGACUACUGUACAACUUCCCAAAUCAAAAUGGGAUAGCGAGGAUGAGGAAACAUUGUCUGCCAGUGUAGCAAAAGAAGUUGAAAAUCCUGCAAACAAACUGCAAGUUUUCACGAGUCAACAAGAGAUAGGUUCCACUACUUCUAGUGUAACAGACGAGGACAAAAUUGAUAAUACCGAGAGUACUAAAGAAGAAAACAAAUCUAGUGAAAAGACCAUUAAAAAUCUGACGCCAAAUGACGAAGUUUCGACGUCAUCUUCGCUGCAGCCCGCCGGAAAUGAAAAGUUAGCCUCGGAAUACGAACAAUUUAUGAAGAUGGUGUGCACCACGACCGACGUGACUAAGGAAUAUUCUCCAAAUAGGAACCUUAAAUCUGCUUCUCCCUGUAGUUAUCAUGAAUUCAAUAUAGAAUCUAAUUUAGCUGAAGAUAAUACAAACAUGGAAAUACCGUCAAAAGAGAAAUUUGAUAAAAAAGAUAAGCUACAAAUUCUGGAAGGAUCGAUAAAGAGUACAGAAUGUGAAGAGUCUACUCAGUCAACAGACUGUCAAAUACAAGUCGAUGAAAAUAUACAAAUUGAAAAUGGUUCAAACGAAAACGACGAUGAAUCUGAGGAUUCUAAAUCGAUACCGAGUGACUGGGAGAAUGUUAGGAUCAAGGUUGAACGAUUGAGCGAUGAAAAUACAGAAUCUAGAGAAGUGAAAAAGAAGAAGAAACAAAAGAAAUUAAUAUCCAGCAGUGAUUCAUCUAGUAGUACCACCUCGGAUUCGGAAAAGGAAAAGAAAAAGAAGAAGAGGAAACGCAAACGGAAAGUACUAAGCAAUUCGUCAUCUUCCGAUUCAGAUAGCACGGAUAGCAGCAGCAGUAGUAGCGACUCCAGCAGCUCGGAGCAAAGAAAGAAAAGGAAACGAAAAAGAAAGAAGAUCGGAAAGAAAAGAAAAAAGGUGAAACGCAUUGUGCGAAUAAAGAAGAAGCGAAGGAGAAAAGUGAGCACCGAUUCCAACAGUAGCGAUUCAGAUGAGCUUACGAAAAAGAAAAAAAGGGCUAAAAAGAAGACGAUAGAGGCCAAAUCUAUUAAUAACGGAGAUAUAAGCAAAAUAUCAAAGUCUCCUCCUUUAUCCUCAGAUGGAACGAAAUCACAAUCUGUGACUCCAGGAAGAAAGAUUAAAGAGGAAGUAGCAAGUGAAGACAGAAAAAGAUCCGAUCAAAUCGUAUCUACGAAAAAGAUCGUUGCUGAUACGAGUGUACUUGACAGUGAAUGCUUGAAGCAGAAAAAGGAGAGAAAAGACAGUAAAUCUGACGAAAGUUUCAUGGAACAAUGGGAAAUAGAUUCUGUGAUGACGGUGCAACAAAAUGAUGGUGAUACCUCGAGUCAAGAUCGUACUGGAGAAUCAGAAAAGAUGGAUGGUUUAGAAAAAAGUAAAUAUCGAAUGAAGAGGAAACACAGUCGAGAUAAUGUUGAGCAAGAUAAGGAUAGAGAAUCUAAAGCCAAUGAAGAAAGGAUUCAUGAAGGAAAAGCAAAAUCAGAUGAGGAGGUUGAAGUGAAAAGAAAGAAAAGGAAAGAGAAGGAUAGCAAAAGUAGCACUGAGUUUCUCGCAAAUUGGGAAAGGGAGAGCGAUCGUAUUACUCAACAAAUAAUGCAAAAUGACUCUAAGUAUUUGAAAAAAUUAGGAAAGCAGAAGAAACAAAGAUGGGGAGAAACAGAUUUUGACACAUUGAACGUGCCGUCGCUUACACAGCUUGAAAAAGAAGUGUGUCAAAAGCAGCUUCUGGCGGACGAGUGGGAGGUGGAUAGUUUGGAAGCAAUAUCAGAUCUGAUUAUGAGUAAACGAAAAAGCAGUUUGUUGAAGAAAGUAGAAAAAGAAGUUAGAUAUGAUAAGAAAACGGACACGUACAUCGCAAUAGAAAAGGAGAAAGAGAAUGUAAGAGAAAUGAAAAAAAGGCAAGAACGUUUGUGUUCAAUAAGGAUAUGGGAAGAAGAACAGGAAGAAGGUGAGAGAGAAGAGAUGAUGCUCCAGGAACAAAAAAGUAAGCGUAGAACAGAGAAAACGGACGAUUGGGAUAUCGAAGAGGAGUCUCACUUUCGCACAAAUACUGAACAGAUGGAAGUUUGCAACGAUAUUGUCACGAUAGAGAACGAAUGGACUAAAACAGAUGAAGUAAAAAAUAUCAAAGAAGAUACGGCUAAAUUAAUUGCAAAGCCUGGUAAUAAACGAGUUAAAAAAAGCCGCUGGGACAUGGGUUCUCAUUCUGAAGAGAAAUCGGAAAUUAAAGACAUAUGGGAGGAAGAGUACGUCAAGUGGUCCAAGAAAAACAAGUGCGAACAGGAAUUGAAUGAAAUAAAAAAGCGAGACUCUCACGCUACGCAUUAUUCAGAAAAUUCUAGUAAAUCUAAUCUGAUAGAUUUGUAUCAUAGAAAACCGCAGAGUAGAGAAUUAUUAGACAGUUCAUGGGCACCGGGAGAAAUUAGACUUCUACAGGCGAAGAAUGAUUCAUCAGUAAAACAUUUGAUUUCUGUGAAUGACGAACAACUUCCAUCCAUUAAGGAGCAUCAGACUAGAGAACAACUUCAAGAACUUUCGAAGUCGGAUGUGAAGUUCAAGGAGAAGAUCGUAGAACUGUACAGUCCUAGUUCCCCUGCGCUUUCUCAAAAAUCUCAAGAUGUAGAAAUAUCUAAUGAGAGCAGCUCUUGUAAUUCUCUGCUGCAUGAGAAAAGGAAAAAAGAGAUGUUGAUUACGGCAGAUAAACUAUCGAUUCCUAUGUCUGAUAUAUCUUUACAGUUAACAAAACUACGUGAUACUAAACAUACGUCGAACGAAAAAAUAGAAAAUAUUUUGAAUAAAGCACAGGAGGAUAAAGACUCUGCUAAUAAUUUCGAUAUUAAAACCGCUGAUAAUCUGUUUGAUGACAUUUCGAUAAAUGAGCCAUGUCCAAAAGUACAUGUCUUAAGACAUAUGGAUAUGUUUGCGGAAUACGGAUUGGAUAAAGCAUCUCAUGAUAAACAGCACGUUGCGAGCAACAGUGUAAGCUCUGCGACAUGUACAAAAAGCGACGAGGUGAACGAGACAAAGAACGCGCUUAAACUCAUUCCCAAGCAGCUUUUGAUUCGUCGCAAUAUUAACGAGCAAGUAAAAUCGAAACGAAUCUUGGAAACGCCGUUACAGGAUCCCGCUCAGCAUGCUGCGGCUUUAUUGACAAUACAGAAGAAGCUGUUAGAGUCGCAUGCAUUGAAAAAUGACAUCAAGGAAUAUCCGAAUGAGAAACAAGUGGAUCAUUUCGAGCAGAGAUGUAACGCGGCGAGUAACAGCGGAAACACUGAAAACGCGUUAUUGGAUGCAACUGAAUUUUCCGUGGUUUCCAAAUCAUCAAUAAUAGCGACGCGACAGUCGAGAUCCCCGGCGUCAGAGCAAGCGGUCUCAAUUCGAUCGGAACAAUCCGAGAAUUACGACAGAGAAAAUAAGAAUGACGACGUAAAGAAAUAUAAGACUAAUCGAAAUGAUACCAGUGUCCCGUCAUCGAGCGUACGAUCUCCCGUCCGAGAACACAGAAGGAGAAGCCCCAACAAGAAGGAAAGUGAGAAACGAUAUUUGCAUGAUAAAGACAAGAAAGAGAGGAAGUCCGACGACGCGGAAAAGUCUGACAGAAGAGGUUCCAAAGCAGAUUCUGUAGAUAGGAGAAAAUUGAGCCCUUCGGAACGAGGAAGAAGAAGAAGGAGUGGAAGUCCCUAUGUCUCGUGGGAACGACAGAGAAGCAGAAGUGGCAGUCCUGGUCACAGCUGGAGCAGAAGUCGCAGUAAAAGUCCAAAGAGGAAAGAUGAAGUUAUUACGCGGGACAGAGAUAAAAAAAGAGAAAGAUAUGAAGACGAGCGAUCAGCUAGAUCGAGAACAGAUGAGAGAAAAGAAAGAUAUGCGCGAUCUCCACCACGCUUCAGUUAUAACGAAGACAACUUUAAAAAGCACGGUGCAUCUUCUAAAAACAAUCGCGAUGAUUGGGGUAGAAGAAGACACGACAAUGUGGACAGAGAUCACGAGAAAGAUACUAGAUCGUACGACCCAAUGGAGAUUUUGAGAGAAAGAACCAAUUUGGAAUCUGAGAAAUACAGGGAUAAUAGAUUUCGCACGGAAGAAUUGGAUCAUACGUUUUGGCAAUGUACUGAAAGCGGCGGAAUUUUACGAGAUAGUAACGAAUCCAUGGAUUCGUACACCGUUGAACAAGAUUUGCCUCUUGAAUAUGACGAUCGAACGUAUUACAGAGAGGGAAGUCUAGAAAGGGACGUGGCUUCGCCUCAAUUAAAAUAUAGGAGGAGAUUCAAUACGAGAAGGGAACGACAGUGGGAGAGAGACAAAGACUCUUCGGAUUUGGAUCGACAUGGACAUAGAUCACGAAAUAGGACACCACCGCGAUCGAGGUACUCACCUGCACGUCAAGUUUCAGAACGAUUCCGACGAAAAUCUAGAUCUCAUUCAAGAUCUUGGUCGCCUUUGAGAUCGCGAACGCGAUCUAGGUCAAGAUCGGGAUCGCGUUCUAGAUCAACAUCGAGAUCGAGACCGAGGAUAAGAUCGCAAUCAAGAUCGAGGAGCAGAUCUCCAUUUGACAUAAGAUCGAGAGGGAAAUCUGCUUCUACGUCGAAAUUAAGAAGUCCAGAACAUGCGUUCAGAAUGUCCGAAUUGCGGCCUUCUAGAUCUCCCUCGCCUGGAAGGGAUAGGCUAAAUGAAAGAGAAAGGAAGGACAAUGACGAGAGCAAGAAGUUUAACGCUUGUAGUGAAAGGGGUAGACGUAUAGAGACUAUUGUUCAGUCGGGAAUUAUGCCAGGACCGAACAUUUUAGACACAGAAUUGGCUAUUAAUAGUAAUCUGGACGGAGAUGUUACAAACUUUCAAUAUUCAAAUGAGAUUGAAGGUGGAAAUGAAUAUUAUUAUACAGAGAAUAAUCUGACUUAUCCUCCUUGUAUAGACGAGUCGUCCACGAGCUCUCCUAAACGUUUAUCUCUUGAUGAUAGAUUAGAAUUAGAAUUAGGUAUUAAAAAACAACACAGCAAGGAUUCCACUGGUGUAGCUUCGGAAUAUUCUAAUUUCAAUCCCAACGUUAUCGUAUAUCCGUCUCCUCCUCCUCCGCAACAGCAACAGCAGAUGAUGUACAGACAGCAGCCUACAGUUGUACAAGUUGGAAACGUCUUACAAGUAGUUCCUGCUGAUUUCAAUGGGGUGCAAUCGGCUCGUCGGGAAAUACCUGCUGUAGCCCCAACCCCACCUGUGCGAUCAGGAUCCAGUCAGGUGGUUCGCGUAGGUAACGUUCUUCAAGUAGUACCCACGUCAUUAGAUUGGAGCAGCAGCAGUAGUAGUGGCGGUGGUGGUGGCGGCGGUGGUAGUGGCAGUGGCAGUGGCAAUGGUAGUGGUGGUAGCCAAUCCACGUCUACAGAUCAAUCAAAUGGGGUUUUAUAUUCCUCAGCGGCACACUCGCCCUCGGUGCCAUCAGUUUCUAUGUCCGUACCUGUCCCCGUCCCAGUUCCAUUACCCGUGCCACCGGCUAUGACAAAUACUCUUGCCUCUGUCACGACUAUGUCGCCUGUCGCUUCAUUGCCGCUAUCGUUACCAGUACCUGUUCCUCUGCCGGUUCCUAUUUCUCCCGCGACAACGGCGACGUUUCCAAGGAACGAGAUUCAACCACAAAAGAUAGUUCAACCUGUGUACAAUUACGAGGCUAUACUUGAAACACGCCGUAAAGAGCGAGAAGAACGUAAACGGUUACGCGAGUUACGCAGGAAAGAAAGAGAACGUAAACGAAUAGAACGAGUAAAUCGACGAGCUUUGCGAUUGCUGGAGAAGAGCAGUACGUCGCGACAGACGAGUGGAGUCUUAUUAGAUCACCGCAAGGGUUCAAUUGUUGAUCUUUCAGUCAUAAAAGCAUUGAAAGAGGGAGAAGAGCAAACUGAAUCUCCAUCAGCUAAUCCCAUGAAAGAGGAUGAGGAGGUGGCAACACCUAUUAAAGAAGAAGAUGAAGAUGCCGCCGCGGACGAAGAAGAAGAUGAUGAUGACGAUGAGGUUGAAGCUGAGGCGGAAGAUGACGAGGAAGAGGAAGAGGAAGCGGAGGAUGAAGAUGAGGAUGAUGAUGAUGAUGAGAAACCGUUACAAAUAAUUAACCAGCGGGUUGAAGCUGAUGAAGCGAUUAUAAUUGAUGCGAAUAAAGAUCAGAUGGAAAUCGAAGCUAAGAAAGAAUGGCCAGAGUUACCGCCUCCACCUUUAAAAGGCAUUUUGGUUGUUCCAGGAUUUAGGAGAGACGCGGUUCCUAAUGGUAACUUAGAUGAUUUAUUGGACGAUAUUACGGUUAAAGACGGUAGCGACAAAGAUGAAGAGAUAGUUAAAAAUAAUGAGUGCGACAAAGACGCGGGGUCUGAUGUUACAUUCGAUAAGUCAAAUUCGACGAAACCGAAAAAGACAAAGAAGACCAAAAAGUCAGUUCAGUUUGCUGACGGUGUAAAACCUGGUGAGGGAACCAGUCCUAGCGGCGGCGAAGGUGAUAUGCCUUCGCCACCUCCUCCUCAGGGAAUUGGUUUCCGUGAAGGAUUCAGCGAUUUGAGGAGGGAGAAAAUGUACAGCUCCAGAAAGAGAAAACAAGAAAAGAGGACGAGACCGCAAAAGGCAAAGAAAAAAGUCAAGGUAAAAAUAAUUAAGCUGAAGAAACCACGUAUCACUCCGUUAACAGCUAUGAUGAUGGACGAUUCCGAUGAAAUGGACGACCGUUCACCACCUCCACCACCUCCCGGUUCCCCACCGCCGCCUCAUCUCUGGCCCAGUUAUCUUUCGAUCUAUAAUACUACGAUGCGAGCAAUUGAACAAUCGCAAACCACAACUGUAACUUUGACGCCUGUUCAAGCUCCACCACCGCCGACUCCGUUGCCUCUUCUAAUUCCGCCUCCGCCGCUGAAUUACACCAUCCAACCUUGCAGUAAAUCUUAAGCUAACGACCAUGCUCGUGCAGCGUCGAUUUUGUAAAUUUUUUAGAAGAAGUCUUUUUUUCUUGUUGUGAAACAUAGUAAAAUAUUGUGCGCUAGAAAUUAUAUUGGAUUAUGUAAGAAUGAAAACUGUACAUUGGUUUCGAGACUUUAAUGAUGAAGAGUUAAAAUGAUAAAAAAGAACGUCGGAGAACGUGUACCAAUAAUCGAUGUUGUAAAUAUCCUCACAUGUAAUCAUUUCUUUUUUCUGACCAAAAGAUCGUGAUCUUCAUCUGAUCCGUUGCGUCCGUAACUUUUAAUAACUUUAUAUUAAUAAUCAAUUUCAUAUAUUUUCGAUAUCGAGAAUCAUCGGAUGUAUAGAAUAUGUUUCCGAACUGAUGAUACAAUCAAAAAGAUUUCUUAGUGAAAAAAUAAAAAUUCAAAAAUUAAAUCUUUGCGGCUUUUUAAACUUGUUAAUGUGACUGUGUGUCGUACAUUGUCAAAUUCCUCUUCUGAAUGUUUAUUAACAUAUACAUAAUCAAAAAUAAAUUUUAUAUACAAAGCAUUUUAAAUAAUACUAUAUAUUAUUAAAAUAUUUAUUAAAAAGAGAAUAAUGAUUUUUUCUAUAUUUACAUUUUCUAUAUAUUAUAUAUUUUACUACAGGCAGUACAGGCCGAUUCCAUCUCCAGAUAAACUAUAUAGUAGUAAAUCUAAUGAUUAAAUGUCUAUGUUUAAACAUCCAUUAUAUAUCUGUAUGUAGACAUUGACAUUCAUCCAUUAGAUAACUUAUCACGGUUUAUUUGAAGGUAAAACAACUGGCCUUAUACGAGGGUGAGUCAAAAAUUAUCUGGACUUUCGUAAUAAAACACUUUGUCGGUUGUCGUACCGCCUUCCGCGAAUGCAUGCUUACAGUUGGUAACUGUGAUGAUGUGUGCUUCACUCGACCUUGAUCGCAACAGUGUUGAGCCGGCAGUGGCAACGUAAACAUGUCCGCUUUGUUAGCAGUUUGCACCAAAGACGAACAAAUGGCAGUGAUACAAUUUCUUUGGUCAGAAGGAGUUAAAGGGGCUGAAAUUCAUCGUAGACUUUCAGUACAGUACGAGGACAGUACACAGUCCCGGACAAGUGUUAUCGAGUGGAUCGAGAAGUUUAAAAGUGGCUGGACAAUUGACACAAAAACAAGGAGCAUCCGUCCGGCGUCCGUCAACGUCUACGACGGACAAAAAAAUUGAGCAAGCACGAUUGGUUUUGACGAAUAGGCGAGUUACUAUCGAUAACAUAGCGUCUACUUUGAACAUCAGUCAUUCUGCUAAAGAAAAUGUAUCACUGCCCUUUGUUCGUCUUUGGUGCAAACUGCUACCGGAGCGAACAUGUUUACGUUGUCACUGCCGGCUCCAAUUGUAAGCAUGCAUUUGCGAAAGGCGAUACGACAACCAACAAAAUGUUUCAUUACGAAAGUCCAGAUAAUUUUUUAUUCAUCCUCAUAUAUUGGGUUGGCAACUAAGUUUCCGCCGUUUUUUUUAAAUUUUUAAAAAUUUAUUUGCUUAAAUAAACAAAUGCUUUCUCUAUAGCAGUGUGGGAGCAUUCCAUUUUCUCUGCCAGUUCCUUUGUCAUUUAACGCGAAUUUUCAUACAAAAGUUGGUUUAAUUGUUCUUCAUCGAACUUAACUGGACGACCAGAACGAAGUGCGUCUUUGAAGUAAAAAUUUCCAUUUUUGAACUUGACAUACCAAUCACGAGCGAUUCUUUCAACUAUGGUACCCUCUCCAUACACAGCACAAAUGUCGCGAGCAUUUUGCGGUCUUAGAACUUUGAUUAAAAGCAAAAAGAAGAAAGUGUCAAAAAUGCUCAUUUUUCUCAACUUGACAUUCCAUUUUAAUGAUCUAAAAAUUAAUUCAAUAAAUUAAUUUAAACAAAAAAAAAACAAAUUUUGAUAGAACAAAACAUCUCUUUUCGAAUGAUUUAAAACUAUUCCAAAAACAUUUAAUGACAUGCGGAAUGCUAAAAUUUAAAAAAAACAGCAAGAGAAGGACUUAGUUGCCAACCCAAUAUUUAUACAUAUACAGAGUGUUCGUCGGGAGAAAAUUGAACGAAUGAUUCUAGAUGAUAAAGUAAAACGAAAAUAAAGAAUAUAAACAAAUUUCUGAUUGAGGCUUUGUUGUUUAAUUAAAAAUGUUUAAUUAUUCUCAUAAAAGUGCCUAAACCACAUGAAUAUUUCAACAUUUAUAAUUUAAAAAUCAAAUCUUAAUCGUAAUUUUGUUAAUUUUUUUAUAACUAGUAACUUAUUUAGUCGUUAUUUUUAUAAUUACAAUGCUUUAUACUAGAUGUUUGCAGCAACAGGUGAAAAAAUAUUUAAGGAGUGAUUCUAAAUGACAACAUAAGACAAAAGUUUCAAAUAACAAAAUUGCAAUUAAAGAUUUGUUUCUAAUUAUAAAUAUUUAAAUAUUCGUGUAAUUUUAUUAAUUUCAUAUUCAUACUUUAGGCUGAGCAUACUUCAGAAUUAUAAAAGUAAAAAUAACAAAAUUUUGGUAGUUUUUUAAAGUCUUUAAUGUUUAAGUAUUUAUUUGCUUCAGGCUUUUUACAGGGAUGUUUAAACAUUUCUAAUUAAAGAAAACAGUCUUAUUCAUAAUUUUGUUAUUCUUAAUUUACUUUUUAUUUUUUUAUCUAGAAUUAUUCUUUUAAAUUUUCUCCUAUCUGUUGCUAAACAACCUAUAUAUAUUUUUCACUAACUUAUAUUAUUUUGAAUUAUUUUAUUGUAAAAAGAAUGUUAUUUUUUAAAUUAUAUAUUAAUAAAGUUUUUGCAUGAAACAAAUUUGAUGACGUAUGACCAUUAAGGAUUGUUUAAGUUUAAAAAAGUACGAAGAUAUUUUACAAUUUUUAUUUAUUUCCCCGCGUAAGAAACUCUUCAGUUGUAUUAUUAGUUCCGAGACAUUCCGUAUUAGAGGAUCGCAAUGGCAAAGGAUAUAGUGUAAUUAUAAUUAUUGUCGAUAACGUAUCAUUAAUACAAUUUGUUAUUAUAAGUGCGUACUCGAAAAAAUACAAUGGAUGUACAUUGUAUUAUAUAUCAAUUUGUCACAAAUACAUGUGGCUCAAAUACAGUAUAA